AUGCGGCAACCGCCCUUCCACGCCUGGCCAAACUCUUCCUUAGGCCUGCGGUUGCUGCCGCAAGGCUCCAGCAAUAAAAUAGUGGGGCGCCUGAGCUGCCCAGUGAUCGUCAUCGCCAAGUGCACCUUCCUUGCUCGCACAUGUCUGCGUCGCCCCGCAGCUGCCGUUUUUGCAAGCUCUCACGACGACCACAAGGCCACGCAAUGGUCACCUGACAACGACCGACGGCAAACAACGCAUCGACAGCAUCUACAUCUCUCGUCCACCCGUGCCUCGUGCCCCAACCGCCCCCACCCCCGCCGUCUCCUCGCGGAAAAAGAAAACGUGGCUCCCUUUUGGCGGAACCGCCUCUUCCAGCGCGGUGCUCGAGCCGCCCGCGCACCGCCUGUGUCCUGGAAGCAUCCUCACGCCCUGACCCGACAACGGCCUCCAGCGCCUUCUUCGACGUCUUUUCCGACGCCGCCGUCGCCAUCCACAGAAUCGACAGCGUCCUCGCCUUCCUCCAUCAUCGGCCACCUCCUCCGCUCCAAGGCCUCGUUCCUCGCCGGCUACCGCGCUGCCCGCAGUACAGCUGCCCUCGGUCCUCCGCCGCGCGUUCCUCUCCGCGAGCGCUACGUCCGCUUCCGUCUCGAGACGCUCCCUCGCUACCGCCAGCGCGCGCACACUCGUCUCUACCGGUUUGUGGUGGACCGCGCCGCGCGUCGCCGCCGGCUCCGUGAACAGCAACUGACCGCCCGCCUUCUCCCCCUCGCCAUGCAAAACGCGUACAACAACGGCAGCGGCAGCGGCAACGACGGCGCCGCCGAGCGCGGCUCCCGCCGCCGCCGCUUUGCUGCGCUCGCCAACAAUGUCUACCGCGCCGGCGUGGCCGCGGCCAGCGAGAUCCGCGACCAGUACAACACGUCGUGGGCGGCGCGCGACGGCGACGGCGGAUCGGCGAGCGGCGACCGGGACGACGACCGGCCGCCCCACAUACCCGGCGCGUUCCCCGACGUCUCGUUUGCCACGGGCGGCGAUGCCCAGAUGGUGCUGUUCCCCAUGUACGCCAAGCGGCACGUGCGCAAGUAUGGGAAAAGUGUGGCCGCUGGCCCGUGGCACGACCGCGACCGCGACCGCGACCGCGACCGCGAGCGAGGCGACGACACCGACUCGUCCACCGAGCGCAUGCAGGUCGGCCGCCACCCCGACGCGCCGCUCACGCCCAACUGGCAUCAGGAGUUUGCGCGUCUCGAAGACGAAAAGGCCGUCGUGGACGUCAACGUGCACGGCUGGCUGUACCUGGCCAACCGCGGCCCGCUGACGCGCAAGAACCGCAUCCUGAUCGGCCUGGCCCGCCGGCUGAGUGGCAUUCCGGCGCCGAACCAGUGGGCGCCCGUCACGACGGGACAAGACGCCAGCGUGGCGACGGCCUCACCGGCGGGACACGCGGGAUCGGGCGAAGACGCGCGCGAAGCACAAAAGAUUAUGCGCGCCGCCGAGGCCAUUGAGCGCCGCGGCCAGGGCGAGAAGGAGGUCGCCAACCGCGGCGGCUACAGCGAGACGCCCGAGACGGCCGCCAGCUACGACGACGACAGCAGCUCGGACGACGCGGCCGGCCAUCGCCAAGCACGGAUGCCGCACCCGCCGGCCGCAGCAGGACCUGGCAAACUGACGCCCAAGUCGUCAUGGCCACUGUCCGGCAACGGCGGCAGCAGCGGCGGCUCGACCACGCCCGAGCUGACCGAGGCCGAGCUCGUGGCCGCCAACACGAACCUGCUGGCGCGCCUCGGGCCGUUCCUCACCACGCCCGUCGUCGACCAGCCGGUGACGCUCUUCUUCUACAACGACGCGCAGUCGCAGUCGCGCACCGUCACCACGUCGGACGCCGGCCAUUUCUCGACCUGCGCCGCCCUCGACUUUGUGCCCACCCACGUGCGCGUGCUCGUGUCCAGCAGCAACGGCGGCGCCGAGCGGGCCGCGUCCGCUUCGUCCCCCGCCAACAUCAGCGCCAACGAGACCGCCCUCGUCAACAGCCUGACCGAGCCGCUGUCCGCCGUCGCCCCCAUCGACCUCGUCGAGGACCGCGGCGUCAGCCUCAUCAGCGACAUUGACGACACCAUCAAGGCCUCCAACAUUGCGCUCGGGACGCGCGAGAUCUUCCGCAACACCUUUGUCAAGGAGCUGGCCGGCAUGGCCGUCGAGGGCACCCGCGCGUGGUACACGAGCCUGCAUGACCUCGGCGUCCAGUUCCACUACUGCUCCAACAGCCCCUGGCAGCUGUUCCCCAUGCUGACCACCUUCUUCAAGCAGGCCGGCCUGCCCCGGGGGCCGCUGCACCUCAAGCAGUACAGCGGCAUGCUACAGGGCAUUUUCGAGCCCGUCGCCGAGCGCAAGCGCGGCACCCUCGAGAAGAUUCUGCGCGACUUCCCGCACCGCCGCUUUCUGCUGGUCGGCGACAGCGGCGAGGCCGAUCUCGAGGUCUACACGGACCUUGUCCUCGCCCACCCCGGCCGCGUCCUGGCGAUUUUCAUCCGCGACGUCACCACGCCCGAGCAGCCGGGCUACUUUGAUGCCACGUGGACGCCCACCCCUAGCAUAGCAGGAGACAGCAGUCGCCGGCCUGCUCUGCCCCCACGCAUGGCCACGGCGCCACCGAAACCGAAACCGACACCGGAACCAGAAGGCCCUGUGAUGGGCACACUGAUUGACUUUGACGACGAUCCUCCCUCAACUACGACCAGCACCGAUGCCGGCAACGCCCUCCCGUCUACGAUUCCGCCCCUCUCUGCUUCGUCGUCCUCUGCCUCUCUCCAUACGACUGGGCGAAAACCGCUGCCGCCGCCACGGCCGUCCAAGCCGCUCGCUCUGCGCAGCUCCAUGGCCGCGUCGACCACGCCGAACACCGCCGCUGGGCCGCCUGCGUCUGCCCAGGCACCCUCGCCCACGACGUCCACCGCGCCCGCCUCGCGCCUUGUCCCUCCGCCCCCGCCGCCCCGCAAACCCGUCGGCUCGGCCAGCAGCACCGCCAACAACAGCGGACGCAGCAGCCCGCGCGUGCCCUCGGACGCCGACGAUGCACCGCCGCCGCCGCCGCCGCGACGUGUGCGAACGGCCGACUAUGACCGCUCCGAUCGGCCAGACCAACCUGCACGACAGCAGUCGCUGCCGCCCAACAAAAAGGUCGACAUGUGGCGCCGCCGGCUGGCCCAUGCGCAGGAUAUGCUGGGCCCGCAGGGCGUGGCUCUCUACACGUGGCGCCGGGGCCAGGAUGUGGCCGUGGAGGCCGUUGGCAUUGUGAAGCAGGCCCUGAAGGAGGGUUGA